CAUGUAGAGGUUCCCCUUCCGUCACCAAAGAAAGAUGAGGUAUUGCUCAAAUUGGAGGCGGCUAGCAUAAAUCCUGUUGAUUGGAAGAUACAGAAAGGGGCUAUGCGACCAUUCCUUCCACCCAAAUUUCCAUUCAUACCAGUGAGUGAUGUUGCAGGAGAAGUUAGUGAUGUGGGUUCUGCAGUUAAGGAUUUCAAAGCCGGUGACAAAGUUGUAUCCUUCCUUUCAUUAAAGAAUGGUGGAGGGCUUGCGGAAUAUGCUGUAGCCUCAUCUAGCCUAACCGCGCACAGACCACCUGAAGUAUCAGCAGCUGAUGGCUCAGGCUUGCCCAUAGCUGCCUGUACUGCUCUCCAGGCACUCAAAUCUGGCGGAGUCAAGUUCGAUGGCACUGAAAAACCUCUGAAUGUACUCAUAACAGCUGCAUCCGGCGGCGUGGGUCUCUAUGCCGUGCAGCUUGCAAAACUCAUUGGUGGCAUCCAUGUGACUGCAACCUGCGGUGCCCGAAACAUAGAGCUCGUGAACAGUCUCGGCGCCGACGAGGUGCUCGACUAUAAGAGCUCGGAGGGGGCUAAACUAAAGAGCCCAUCAGGCAAGAAGUACGAUGCCGUGGUGCACUGCACGGUCGGCAUUGAUUGGUCUACAUUUGAGCCAAAUCUGAGUGAUAAUGGCAAGGUUAUAGACAUAACUCCAUCCCCCAUCACUUUUGUGAACUCUGCUAUUAAGAAACUAACCUUUGCAAAGAAGAAGAUAGUGCCAAUGUUUUCUGCACCGAACAAGGAGGACAUGGAGUUUCUUGCAGGGUUGGUGAAGGAGGGGAAGCUGAAAACAGUGGUGGACUCCACGUAUCCAUUGAGCAAGGCAGAGGAGGCCUGGGCUAAGAGCAUAGAUGGGCAUGCUACUGGUAAGAUUGUCGUUGAGAUUUGAGCUGAUGGUAUAAUGCUUUAUGUUUUGUGUGUAGGUUUGCUUAUAUAUUUGUUGUACUUCUAGAUGUCAUAAUGUUUGAUGUGUUUAUAUGGUAUCACUUUGUUUAUUAUAUGGAAAUGUCCAAAUAUGUUGUAAUGAAAGACUGUAAUAAUAUGAUAUUACAUGAUCCUUUGGAUUGGUUGUUGUUUGGAGAGAUUAA